AUGGUGUGUUGGAGUAUCCGGGCGGAGGAUCCCAUUGAUGCAGUAGUCGAUAUCGAGGAGGCCUUGCCUGAUAAGCUCUGUCUCCAGGCUGCGACUGGUGGGAAUUUGUACGAAACUGAACAGGGGGAGUGGGUGGUAGUCGGGGAGGCGCUGUAUAAGGACCUCGUUAUGAGGGCACGGUCGUCUGCUGAAGCUCAGCAUGAUAGAGUGGUACAGCAGCUACAUGCGGAGCUCACUGGUCAUGGGAAAAAUGAUAAUGAAGUCGGCGGAGCGAAGCAACGAGUCGGAGGAUCUCAUGGGAAACAAGUUGGAGUGGCCGCGCAGAGUGGCGGCCAACACUACCCGAUACUGUUCAUCAUAGUAGCCGUCGGUAUGGGUAUUUUCCUUUGCUGGGUGUGUGCCAAUUUCGUGAAGGUUCUUCCACCAACUGUUGCUGUCUUCAAACUGGGCAUGUUACUAGCGGUCCUUCUCCACAAUGUUCCGUUGUAUGAGUGGGGCAUAUUGGGCGACAGUAUUCAGACGUGGCUUCUUGUCGAUCCGCAGCUCCUAUGCUUCGUCUUCAUCCCAAUGCUCAUGUUCGGUGACGUACUCGCCCUGGAUGCGAAUCUGGUCCGAGGAAGUCUCCUUCACCUUCCUGUCCUCUCUCCCGACACGGUGAAGGCUCUCGUACCGGUCGUCUCGAGAUGGGCGGUUCAGCAGGUUCCUACCAUCGACUCGAGAUUGGCCUGUGGCUCUGAGUGUCUGCUUUGGAGCGGUGGUGUCGGGGACGGAGCCGACGGCUGCGAUUUGGAUAUUGAGAGCGUUGGGGUCUACGCAGCGAUUGAAAACGUUGAUGGAAACGGAGAGUUUGUUGGGCGAUGGAAUGCUCAUCGUCCUCUAUUCCGUGGCGAAGACCGAGCUGGACGACCAGAUUUCGCCCUAUGGAGCGCGUACGUGGAAUGGGUUCUGAUCGCGCACGCUCUGUUCGGGCAGUACGAUCUUACAUUGCAGACAUGUAUAUCUCUGGUUACUGCAUAUGCAUCCUUCUUUAUUGCGGAGGUCUACUUCGGGAUGUCGGGAGUCAUCACGACGUUCACGGCUGGGAUGAUGCUUUCUUGGAGGUUGUUCAUCUUGUACCUUGCAACGAGUGCCAGUCGAGCGAUCAUGGUCUUCACCCUCUCUCCUCUCAUCAACAGUGUUGGCGAGGAGUAUUCUUGGAAAGAACUCACUCUAACUGCGUGGAGUGGAGGCCUCAGAGGGGGAGUUUCCAUGGCCCUGGCCGUAUCUUUAUCGAGGUCUUCGUUCCUCGACGAUGCCCAGGCUACUCAAGUAUUCUUCUACUAUGGAGUCAUCAAGAUGGAAGCUGUCCGGGCUCAGCUGAGGAAAGCGAUAAACCGCCACGGUUCCACAGGCCCAACAUUCCGGAGGUCACUGGCGGCCCUGGACGGCGAUGACAUACCGGGCUCGACUGAGACUCCGAGCUCUGAGCUUUUGAGUAUACAAAGAGAAACUUAUCUUAACGUGCUUGCGAGUUUCUAUACGCGAGCGUUGAAGGUGGAAAUCGUCCCUGGCCAGCCGGAGAUAGCAGGCUUGUUGCUAAGGACUGUAGAAGAUGCCAAAAUGAAGGUUCUGAUGGGGCUUGGUGACUGGAAGAUCGUUCAGAGUCUAUUGAGAGACCAUGGAGACGAUAAGCAGAGUUGUAUGAGGAAUGCUAUGAUUCUGCAUCUCUUCGUGGAGGGUAGUCGGAAAACUAUCGAAGCCGUGACGGAGCUAUUGUUCCCUGAUCCUACUGAGGGAUACGAUGAGCAAGGGGAAGAGGAUAACAAGAAAGGUGGUCAGCUGGACAAGGUCUUCAACAACUUGAAGCCCGUAUGGUACAACGUGCGUUCGGAAGUAGAUGUCCACCUUCGAGAAGCUGAGGCCUUGCUCGACCGGAUGCCUGCGAGAAUUGUUCAUCUAUCGCAAAGGUACCAGAAAGUAGGAACAGUUGUUCAGCAGUUGCAAGCUGAGCUCUCUGAUGUGAUCGAAUCGGGCUUAUUAGAACACACAGAGGCCCAGUCGGUGUUGGAGCACAUUGAUGCGGAUGUACAUCGCCUUCACAAUAGCCAAGAGUUGCUAUUGAGAAAAGAAGACAUCAUCAUAGCUGGUGAAGAAUGA